AUGGCGUCCUCAGGCUUCGAUAUCACAAGCCUGACAGAAGACCAGCAACUCGCACUCCAACAAUACACAUCUGUCACCGACCAGGAGCUCGGCGACGCGGUACCCAUAUUACAGAAAUGCCAGUGGAACGCUCAAAUAGCCAUAACCCGCUUCUUCGACGGCGAUGCCGAGACCAUCGACCCAGCUGCAGAAGCAGCACGUGCUGCACCACCUUCUCCACCAACUCAAGCUGUCCGACGGACAGAAACUCUCAUGGACAGCAUAAAUCCUCGCUCGCCCGGAUCACGAUCAAGACGACAAGGAGGGCUAGAAGAGGCACCACGAGUAGUACCCACACCGGAGAGCCAGCUCAGUCAACCACUACCCUUUCCCUUCUCACUGCUCCUCCUUCCUUUCAACCUCACCUACGUCAUCUUCCAGCGUCUCUUUGGCACAAUAGGCUUCCUCUUCCCUUUCCUUCCACGCCUACUCUCCCGCUUCUGGUCCGGAAGCGGUUCCCGGCCCAGUAGGGACACGGGACGAAGACCUCUAAGCCCAAGUGACACAGCCGCACGCUUCAUGCGUGAGUUCGAAGAAGAGUACGGCGUCACGCACGGCACAGUACCUUUCCACGAAGCAGGUUACGCCCAGGCCUUCGACAUCGCUAAGCGCGAUCUGAAGUACCUGCUCGUGAUUCUGCUCUCGCCCGAACACGACGACAAUGCUUCAUUUGUGCGUGACACCUUACUCGCACCCGAGCUCUUGACAUUCUUGAAGGAGCCGAAGAACAACAUCGUAUUGUGGGCCGGCACAGUCCAAGACGCCGAAGCAUACCAAGUCAGCACCGCUCUAAACGUCACCAAAUUCCCGUACGCAUGUCUUAUAGCACAUACGCCUUCCGUAUCGAGCACGGCAAUGAGUAAGAUCGCUACCUCUGCCGGAUCAUCCACGGUGCAGGAGUUGAUUCAGAAAUUGCAAGCUGGGAUCCAGACACAGAGUGCAGAGCUGGAUAGGAUAAGGAGACAACGGCAGGAACAGCAGGCGAGCAGGAGUCUGAGGCAGGAACAGGAGAGCGCUUACGAGCGGAGUCUGGCUGCGGAUAGGGAGAAAGCACGCAAGCGGAAGGAGGAGGAGGCGGCCAAGGAGAAGGCGGAUCGAGAGGAGCGGGAACGAGAAGAGCGAGAGACAAACGCUGCGGAGCUGUUGGCACGAUGGAAGAGUUGGAGACGGCAGAACAUCGCUCCUGAGCCUGGCAACGAAGUCAAGGAGGCUGUGCGGAUAAGUCUACGAUUACAGAAUGGCGAACGCGUGGUAAGGAAAUUCCGACCCGACGCUGACGUGGAGGAAUUAUAUGCUUUCGUCGAGUGCCGCGAGGACGAAGCUGAAGAUGAAGAGACAUCUGUAUCCUCCGAGAAGGAAGCACAAAAGCCUGAGGGCUACGAGCACGAAUACGGCUUUCGACUUGUAUCGCCCAUGCCACGAGAAGUGUACGAUGUUAGUAAAGGCGGCACGAUACGGGAACGGAUUGGACGAUCAGGGAACUUGAUUGUGGAGAAGAUUGUUGAUGAGGAUGAGGAUGAGGAUGAUGGGGAUGAGGAGGAAUAG